AUGUCAGACUUCAAGGAGUCUACAGCAGAGCAGGGCAAGCUGGGUCUACACGAAGAGAAGGUAACCCGCCUCUCUGUCGAAGAGGUCGAGGACCUCCAGGGAGCCGCCGAACGCGGCCACCACGCCACCGACGCGUAUGGUCACCCGCUGCUCCAUUUCGACCCUGCUGCCGAGAAGCGUCUCGUGCGAAAGAUCGACCUCUUCAUCGUGCCUACAGUCGCGAUUCUGUACUUGUUCUGCUUCAUCGACCGCGCCAACAUUGGCAAUGCCCGCUUGGCAGGCCUGGAAAAGGACCUGGGCCUCGUCGGCUUCCAGUACAACAUCCUCCUCACGUGUUUCUACAUCUCCUACAUCCUGUUCGAGAUCCCCAGCAACAUCUGCUGCAAGUACUUUGGUCCUGGCAGGUGGAUCCCCUUCAUCUCGUUCGGCUUUGGCCUGUUGUCGUUCCUCACCGCGCUCGUCACCAACUUUGCGCAAGCCGCCGGCGUCCGUUUCGUCCUCGGCAUUUUCGAGGCGGGCAUGUUGCCCGGCAUUGCCUACUACAUGUCCCGCUGGUACCGCAAGGCCGAACUGGGCUUCCGUCUGUCCUUGUACAUCGUCAUGGCUCCCCUGGCUGGCGCCUUUGGUGGUUUGCUCGCUUCUGGUUUGCUCAAGCUCCCGGGAAUCGGCCGCUUCCACACGUGGCAGCAGCUCUUCCUUGUCGAAGGCGUCAUCACCAUGGGCCUGUCCGUCAUUGCCUUCUUCACGUUGACCGACCGUCCCGCGACGGCUCGCUGGCUGAGCGAGGAGGAGAAGGCCCUGGCCAUUGCGCGCGUGAAGUCUGAAAACGUCGGCACCACCGAGGUCCUUGACGGUUUGGACAAGGCGAAGAUUAAGCGUGGCAUUUUCAACCCCAACACGCUGACCAUUGCGUUCAUCUUCCUCCUCGACAACAUUACUGUCCAGGGUCUGGCGUUCUUCCUGCCAACCAUCGUCGCCACGAUUUACCCCAAGGCGUCCACCAUUCACAAGCAGCUCUGGACGGUCCCGCCUUACGUUGUCGGUGCCGUGUUCGUCCUUGUCAUCCCAUACCUUUCCAGCCGGACACGCAAGUACCUCAUCUUCUACCUGAUGAUGGCCCCCCUCAUGUCCAUUGGUUACAUCAUGUUCCUCGCCACCGACGCCUCCACGGGAGGCACGGUGCGGUACGCGGCCACGUUCCUCAUCGCCGCGGGAGCGUUCCCCUUCGGAGCCCUGUGCAAUGCCCAGGCGUCCGCCAACACGCUCUCGGACACGGCCAGGUCUGCGGGCAUUGGAACUGUGGUCAUGUUCGGCAACGUCGGUGGCCUCAUCAGCACCUGGUGCUUCCUGCCGUUUGACAGUCCCAACUACCCCAUUGGAAACGGCCUCAACCUCGCCACAUCGGCGACGAUCAGCGUGCUGACCGUGUGCCUGUGGAUCUGGCUGAAGCGUGACAACAAGCGCCGCGACGAGGUCGAUGUGGACGCUACACUUUCCGGCUUGACCGAGAAGCAGGUCCACGACCUCGACUGGAAGCACCCCGCGUUCCGGUGGAAGUAUUAA